AUGAAGAGGGUAGAUGCAGUGAUGUUGAUGGUGGCGAUCGUGGUGAGUUGUGCUAUCGAGUUGUGCCGUGGCCGACACGUGAUGUCGAUACGAGACUUCGCAUCCUCGACCGAGAGACGAGCUCGCCUGCUUCGAGAACACGAAAAGGGGAAUACGUGCUGGUUAGUCGGCCAGUACUUCCUGCACGCAGUGUGUAUUGAGAACGCCGUCGACCACACCGUCGUUCCCGCCACCGCUCAAGACCUGCGAAAAGUUCUGUAUUCCGUGAACCUUCGAACCUGGCUCCCAAACUUGCUUUGCUCGUCACCAACAACAACAACGUCAACGGGGGCGGGUGAAACUAUUGCUAGCGCGGGACCUGUCGACGAUGGCGAGAGAACCGGGAGGCGCCGAUGCGAGGAGACCGUGGAGGCGGCGUUGUCGGUGCCCGUAGGAUCAGUUUCUGGGCGAAUGCAAUCCUCGACGACUGAAUUGGAGAUACACGCCACCAUCGACGACAUCCCCUGGUUGCAGACGAUGGAGAAAUGCCUGGAUCAGAUGUCCUACCACACCGACUUUCUGUUGCCGCUCGACUGCCAGGUUAUGUACAUCGUGCUCGCGUCCGAGAGGGGGAAUGCACAGCUCCGGCCGGCGCUUCAGGACCUCUGGCGGCAGCAGCAGCACGCGGCGGAGCUAGGUCGGCAAGCCGUCGCCUCUGGCGAGGUUUCGAAAAUUUCGCCUUCCGUCGAAACCAUCGCGGGCCUUCUGUCUCUGCUCGACGUCGACGUCAAGAGCGAGGACUCUGACGGGAGCAGCGACGGCGGAAGAAGGGCGUCAAGCGAAGAGCCGUUCGUGAAAGUGUUGGCCCCGGUGGACGCCACAAGGGUGAACGGAGGGGCGGUGCCCUUUAUCGCGGAGGUGUACCUGGGAGGGGCUCUUGAGGAACGCCUCCUCGAAGUGAGGAACGGCAGGCGGCGAGAGGAUGCUGCUAGCAGCAAUCUCGUUGGGGGGCACGAAACCAGUACGGGACGCGUCGAGGAACGGGGGCCCGGACACUCGUCGUGGCGUCCCCCUUUCCACCGGUGCGAAGUCCGUGCUGUCGUUGACGGCGUCGUCACUACUCGCAUCCCAAUCUACGAAGAAGGCGACGGUGAUGUCCCCACGGCCACCGCUAAUACUUCUUCCGAAAAACGAGAAGGAGGAGGAGAGGAAGACACAUCGCCAGAAAACGGCGGCGGCGGCGACAAGAGAAGAAAAGCGGGUAAAGCCACCAGCCACAUAAUCAGGAGGGCCGUGAUUCCCGACUACGGCAGGCAGCGCUGCAGCGACCACCCGCGGGCGGCGGCGACCCUGGCGACUACGGCGGGGGUAGCGGGGGUGGCUAGAGACAGCUGGGGUAACUACGAAGACAUGUGGCUCAUAGAGGCACGCCAGGUAGACAGGGUUUGCACCAGGGAGGCCUUCGGGCCCCACCGCAUGCAGGGCGAGCUGGCCUGCUGUUUUUCCGACGGCGGCCACGCCGGUGACCGCGAAACAGGCGCCUCUGCCGGGAAGGAGACCUGCGAAGUCCAGGCCAUUUCGGCGCCGUUCGAGUACCAUCACACCGGGCACCUCGCCGAUGUCUUGUCCAGCUCCUGGGCCGAGCAAGAACGGGGCUUUGUCUCCGGUUCCGGUACCGCUUCGGGUGAGUCCGGACCCGGCGGCUUGCCUUUCGACCCCCCCCCGGAGGAGAUCUCGGUGUCGGUGUACGUGGAAACGGCCCCCGAUGCGGCCGCGGCCGUCAUGGCCGUUCCGCGAUGGAGCUCGGACGGGGACGUGUGGAUGGAGGCGUUCCGCACCUGUUCGGAGGCGUUCGGACCGUCACAAGGGUUUCUGAUCAACGUCAACGACUGUGUGAACCUCAUCACAACCGUAGUUUCGGCCAAGAGGGCGGACCUGUUCCGCAGGCUGGCGUUGCGAAUGGAUGCCUACGGUAUCAGCGUUCACCGCGGUGACGAAGUAGUCGAGGGCCAUACCGCCCGCUGUCCAGAAAAGGUGGAAGCUCUCGGGGCGAUGCCCCGCGAUGGAGGGCACAGCUCGCUGAACUGGCUCCUGAACUCGCAUCCUUCCACGAGGGUUUUGGCUUUCGAUCUCGGCAUGCACCAGUACGUCGGGGCCGCUAGGGAUUUUCUCCAGGCGGUCUUUCCAGGGAGGCUGGAGCUGGUUCUCGGAGACUCGAGCGAAACCGUCCCCGCUCAUACGGCCGCAGAUGCGGCGGCCGGUCGAGACCCCCGAGUUUGCGACUUGGUGUUCGUCGACGGUGACCACAGCGAAGAGGGCACCUACGCCGACCUAGUCAAUUUCGCGGCCAAGACUAACAGGCGGUGGAACGCGUUUGCGCUGGACGACUUGGACAUACCUUCCGUAACCACGGCUUGGAGGCGUUUUUCCAUGGGGGAGGGGAAGGGUCGUCUCGAGCGUGUCGUGCUGGCGUCGGCCGAAAGCUACGCUCAGGCACAGGAGAACAAGGGAGGAGGAGGGUCGUGGGACGUCACUUUCGAUACCGCUGGACACCGAAACUUCAUGCGAGGGGGCUUCUACUCGCUGGGCAUCGGAGCCCUCCUACCCUAA